CGAUUUUUGUAAACCGAUGCAGAUUCGCUACGAUGAUCAAUGAAAAGUUUAAGGUGAUCGUGUUCAUUCAAUUCACGACGAGCGUGAUGUCGCUGUGCAUCAGUCUCUAUCGAUUCACGCGAAACGUGACGAACGCGAUCUUCUUGGAAGUGCUUCUGUUCUCGUUGUGCACGAUCAUUCAGAUCUUUUACUACUGUUGGUUCGCGAACGAAGCCAAACUGAAGAGCCUCGAAUUACCGCAGAAGAUACUCCACAGUAAUUGGACCUCGUUGCAGAUCGACACGAAGAAGAUUCUCUUGAUGAUCAUGAGACGAGCGACUGUGCCCAUCGAAAUCACGAGCGGUGUCAUGGUCAAGAUGGACAUUGAAUCUCUGAAAGUUAUACUGAAGACUUCUUACUCGGCGUUCAACAUGUUAAGGCAAAAUCAAUGACGAGGAUGUCGAUGACGAUUCUACUAAAGCGUCGGAUAACCUUUCGAUCAAACAAUUGUAGUCUACCUCUAGUGUAUCUUCCUUCAACGGUCCUCUUAUCGAUAAGGAUAUAUCUGUUGACUGCGAACGUGCGA